UUCCUCGACCCAUGUCCAAGAGACCUUCUGGUUCGAGCGGCGGCUCUAUGGCGACCUCCUCCACUCUCUCCUUCUUCUUCAUCUUCAUCUUCUUUGUCAAGUUCAUCGCCAUUGCCGAAGCAGCAGGUGAAGAAGAUAACAACGACAAGAAGAAGAAGAACGGGCUAGGAGCUUCGUUUAUAUUCGGAGAUUCUCUGGUCGACGCCGGCAAUAACAACUACUUGUCCACGCUCUCUAAGGCCAAUAUCAAGCCUAAUGGCAUUGAUUUCAAGCCCUCUAACGGCAAUCCCACCGGCCGUUUCACCAACGGUCGCACCAUCGGCGACAUUGUCGGGGAAGAAUUAGGGCAACCGAACUAUGCUAUCCCGUUCUUGGCACCAAACGCAACCGGCAAAGCUAUAUUAUACGGCGUGAAUUACGCGUCCGGAGGAGGAGGCAUUUUGAACGCCACCGGGAGGAUCUUCGUGAAUAGGUUGGGUAUGGACGUGCAAGUCGAUUUCUUCAACGUCACGAGGAAACAAUUCGAUGAAAUAUUGGGCAAGGACGAGGCAAGAGAUUACAUAAGGAAGAAAUCGAUAUUCUCGAUCACGAUUGGGGCAAACGAUUUCCUCAACAACUACUUGUUUCCCGUCCUAUCCGUCGGAACGAGGUUCACUCAAACUCCGGACGAUUUCGUUACCGACAUGCUCAAUCAUCUACGCGACCAACUCAUGAGGCUGUAUAACCUAGACGCGAGGAAAUUCGUGAUCGGGAACGUGGGGCCGAUCGGAUGCAUCCCCUACCAGAAAACGAUCAACCAAAUGGACAAAGAAGAAUGUGUCGACUUGGCCAAUAAACUAGCGAACCAAUACAACGCGAGGUUGAAAUCCAUGUUGGAGGAUCUAAACAAGAAUCUUCACGACGCCACGUUCGUGCAUGCAAACGUAUACGAUCUCGUCAUGGAACUCAUCACAAACUACAAGAAAUACGGGUUUAAGACAGCGACCACGGCGUGCUGCGGCAAUGGAGGACAGUUCGCGGGGAUUAUACCAUGUGGACCGACUUCGAGCAUGUGCCAAGAGAGGGAUAAAUAUGUCUUUUGGGACCCUUAUCAUCCCAGCGAAGCUGCUAAUCUUAUAAUCGCUAAACAGUUGUUGUAUGGUAGCACCGAAUACAUUUCGCCCGUUAAUCUCAAAAAUCUCAGAGAUCUCUGAUAUAUUAUAUUGUAUUAAUGUGCUGUGAACCGUCUUUUCAUUGUUUGAAAUGAAACUAUAUUAUAUAUAUAUACCAUGACUGAGGUCAUACAUGGUUCUUGUA